AUGGCGUACGACACGAAGGAGGAGGCGCGCGACCCAAUGGUCCCCCCCCUAUAUAACUCAUAUUCCGCCGAACCUUACCUCCCGCAGCCCCUUCUUCCAUCCUCGCAGACUGCCUGGGUGCUGUGGGUGUGGUACUCUAUCGGCAUCGCCCUCAGCCCUCGCCCGGCCCCGAAUUCGAGGCGCGCUCGCACUGUUUAUUCGGGCCUCCUCCUGCCCCCAAUCUCACCUCCAAGUAAGGGGCCUGUCCCCCCACCCCGGAUCCUGCCAACUCCACCUCGGCCGUCGCGUGCCAGUGCUCUGCAGUCUGGGCCUUUGCACGACCCUGACCUAGCGCAGGAGCCUCGGGCAGCACUGACAGCGCCAGCAGCAUCCACACAACCCGGCGCCCGCUCGAUCGCGAGCACGUCCUAUCGCCGCCCUGCGCUCGCUUGCGACCCAGGCAAGAUUGAUGUCGCAUCCUCUUCUGCGCCCGCCGCUGCUUGGCCUCUGCUGUCCAGGCAAUCCCCACGUCGAAUCCCCCCCGGAAGCUCACUUGCGCACUCGGCCUCUGACCGCGCCGUGUUCGCCCCUCGAAGGAACCGGAGUGCGUCGGGCGCAGCUUGA